AUGUCUUCAGCUGGAUUCAAGGCUUCCAGAUCACUCUCUGGAAAGCUGGUCAGCCUUUGUGAAUUAGCUCACAAACAGCUCUCACAAAAGGAUCAUUAUGAUUUCGGCUUGCGGUUUCUGAAGACAGUCUUAGCAAUUGCUGAAAAGGAGAAACAGCAGUUUCAAAGUGAUGCGUCUGAAGCAGCCGAGACACUGGUCAUUACCAAGGCUAUAAGAGAAGCUAGCUUACCAAAAUUUCCUCCUGAAGAUAUUCCACUUUUUGAAAUGAUUAUAGGAGAUAUUUUUCCUUCAGUGACAACCACAAAAGUAAAUCCGUCUGCCUUGGAGAAAGUAAUAUGUGUUGCAACACAACAAUUAAAUCUGCAACAUUGGCCAUCCCAGAAAGAGAAGGUCAUACAGUUUUACGCUCAACUUCAGGUGUGCGUUGGUGUGAUGUUAGUGGGCCCAACAGGUGGAGGAAAGACUACAGUCCGGAGAAUUUUAGAAAAUGCAUUAAUAUUGUUGCCAAUUGCUGACUUAUUGUCAGUUACAGAAAGACAGUCUGCUUCAAAGAUUCCCGGCAAAAAAGGGAAAAUAGAUGUCUGUGUGUUAAAUCCAAAGUGUAUCACUCUCGAUGAACUGUAUGGGCGGCUGGACCCUAAUACGAUGGAGUGGACUGAUGGAUUGUUGUCAGCAAUGAUUCGAAGUUAUGUUUAUGUGAACACUGAUCUUGGACCAACUUCAAGAAUCUCAGAUGUGUCUAAUAGCUCUGGGGAACAUGAGUGCAGUGAAGAAGUUUCCCAUGAAGAUGAGGGGUUUAUGGGCAUGUCCCAUCUCCUGCAAGCCCAUCAUGCUAUGGAAAGAUUGGAAGAGUUUGUGUGUAAGGCCUGUGUAAAGAGCAUUGCAGAAUACACACAGAGACAGGCAACAUCUGGACACAUCUCUAAGAUUGUUGGCAGCAAAGGAGGUGUUGAAAUGGUCACCAAAGAAAAGUAGCGGUCUAAAGUUAAUAUCUGCUUGGAAUAUCAGCCAACUGGGUGUCGCUUGAAUUCUCACUAUGAAAGAAUUCUCUACCCAUAGAGCCAUUCC